AUGGAUAAAAGACCAUACAAAAGGGCAUUGAAGCAGUUUGAUGUCAACGUUCAACGCAAGCGAAGUUUACGCAAUAAGAAGGACCUUAUGAACGAUACAUCUCCGCUUACCUCCUUUUAUGAAAACGACGAGAAGAACAAGGAAAAUAAGAACCCACUAGAAAAGAACAAGAUAUAUACAAAGAUAUUUGGAGAUUCUCCAACAAGCGAUGGUAACCUUACAGAUGAGCUAAACACUUGUUUAAAUGUAAAUCACAAUGACCACGGGAAAAGUAGCAAGAAAUUGACUAAAGAAUCACUAAUGGAACUACAACUUCUGCUUCGCGAGUUUGAAGUACAGCAGUUUUCAGGUUGUGACCAUAAGUUCUGCCAGGACGGUUUAUCAGUGGACAAUUUAUGCCAGUGUAGGACCAAUUUUUUAUUCGAGCUAGAAUGCUUUGAAAAUAGAGAUAUGAUUACCGAAGGAAACUUAAGGGUUCAAUGCUACUGCAAAAAUGUAUAUAAUGCUCUUGAUAGAAAUUGGCUAGUAUCUGCAUCUAAGGAUGUCACAGAACAGGAUCAAUGGGAAGGCUUGGAAUGGCUAUUACUUCCUAAAGAAAUUAUGAGACAGCCUAAGAAAGAGAAGAGCGUCGCUGAUGUAAGCAGCUCUGACAUGGAGCCUAAAAAAACGGGAAUACUUCCUGCAACUGUACUUCAGAUCAGAUCAACUAAUAGGGCUUUUGAGGAUUCAGUAGACCUGAGCGAAAUAUUUAAACAAUGGACAUCAUCAUCAUCUUCUUCGUCGUUAUCUAAUCUGGAUUUACCUAACGACAGUUUCGAACAUUGUCCUUCCGCAAAAGCAAAGUGCGCACUAAAGAAGCGUAUUUUGAGACCCUCUGAUAUAGUAUUUCCACACUGA